AUGGUAGGCCUUUUCUAUAUCUUCCUACUCAGUAGUGUUUCUGCUUUGCACUUUUAUCUUACAGAAGGGUACGAGAAAUGCUUUAUUUUGGACGUCCCUGACCAAACUGUUGUGCUAGGAGAGUAUAACCUGCUAGACCCACCUCCAGAAGACGCCCCAGAUCAAGGAGUGAACUUAAAAAUCACUGACCCUAAUGGAGUCAUAAUCCAUCAAAGAUUAGUCAGGUCAGCUGGGAAAUUCUCAUUUACAUCUCAGACCAGCGGACAAAAUCGCAUUUGCUUGUUGCCGACGUCAAGUUCUUGGUUCGGGACUAGCAAAAAGAUAAGAUUUGACCUUGGGAUGGACAACACAAGGGAAAAAAUCCACCAUGAGCACUUGGCAAGCAAAGAACAAGUCACACAUUUAGGCGAAAUUGUGACUGCAGUUAAUGAAAGACUGUCAGAAAUUGUGAAAGGCCAAAACUAUGCCAGAGAAAAAGAAGCACUUUUUAAGGAUGAAAGUGAGCAGGUGAAUUCUAGAAUUCUGUGGUUCACUAUAUUCCAAACUGUGGUCAUUUUGGUCUCUGGAGUCUGGCAAAUUUGGAGCUUGAGAAGGUUCUUUAUUAGUAGAAAAUUAGUUUAA